CGCCGCCGCCGCCAGCGGGACCCCGGGAGCUCGAACGCCCCCUCCCCCCGGCCCCCCUGGCCGGGGGUGACCUGGCUUCCCGGAGCUGCCCCGACCAUGAAUAAUAACAAGGACCCAACCGAGGUCGCCGAGAACAGCCACCACCUGAAGAUCUUCCUGCCCAAAAAACUACUGGAGUGUCUCCCCCGCUGCCCCCUGUUACCCCCAGAGAGGCUCCGGUGGAACACCAACGAGGAGAUUGCCUCCUACCUGAUAACCUUCGAGAAGCACGAUGAGUGGCUGUCCUCCUCCCCCAAGACCAGGCCCCAGAACGGCUCCAUCAUCCUCUACAACCGCAAGAAGGUGAAGUACCGGAAAGACGGCUACUGCUGGAAGAAGCGGAAGGAUGGGAAGACCACCCGCGAGGACCACAUGAAGCUUAAAGUGCAGGGCGUGGAGUGCCUCUACGGCUGCUAUGUUCAUUCUUCCAUCGUCCCCACAUUCCAUCGGCGCUGCUACUGGCUGCUGCAGAACCCCGACAUCGUCCUGGUUCACUACUUGAAUGUCCCAGCCCUGGAGGAUUGUGGGAAUGGCUGCGGCCCCAUCCUGUGCUCCACCCGCAGUGACCGGCGCGAGUGGCUCAAAUGGUCCCGGGAAGAGCUCGUGGGCCAGCUGAAGCCCAUGUUCCACGGGAGCAAGUGGACCUGCGGCGGCGGGAACGGGGCAGCGGAGUUCUCGGUGGAACAGUUGGUGCAGCAGAUCCUGGACACCCACCAGGCCAAAGCCCCGCCACAGACUCACGCCUGCCUGUGCAGCGGUGGGCUGGGAGCUCCCGGGAGCCUCCCCCCAAAAUGCAGCAGCGCCAAGCACUGUAUCAUCUCCCCCAAAGUGGAGCCCCGAGCCCUGGCCCCCCCGGACCCUCCACCGGCGCCCCCCGCCCCGCCCCCGGAGCCCCCGGAGCCCCCGAAGGCCGACGCCUCCCCUUCCUCCUCGUCCUCCUCCUCCUCGUCCUCGGGGUUUGCCGAGCCCCCUGAGGUGACCCCCAGCCCCCCGGCGCCCCUGGGUGGGGGGUCUCGGAGCCGGGGAGCCCCACCCACCUUGCUACUGGUGACGGGGCGGGAGCGGCCCCCCGGCGGGCUGACCCCCAGCCAGCACCUGGCCCCGCAGGCCGAGCUGGGCCCGGCCCUGGGCCUGGCCCUGGUCCUGGGGCCCGAGCCCCCCACGGCCCCCGGCCCCCCGAGCCCGGCCUUCGACCCCGACCGCUUCCUGAACAGCCCACGCCGGGGCCAGACCUACGGAGGGGGGCGGGGCGUGAGCCCGGACUUCCCAGAAGCCGAGGCGGCCCGGGCACCCCCCUGCCCGGCGCUGGAGCCCGCCGCCGCCCUGGAGCCGGGGGUCCCGGGGCGGGGCAGCCCCCCGCCGGGUGCCCUCCGGGGGAACCGCUUCUUCAUCCGGGACGACGACGGGGCCGGGACGGGGCCAGAGACCCCGGGGGAGACCCCUGCCCCCGAGGCCCCGCCGGCCCCCACGCCCAUGGACACGGCCGGCCGGCGGGGAACGGAGGGGCUGUUCGGGGGGCCCGCGGCGGCCGGCGAGCUGCCCCUGGAGCCCUUUGGGCUGACCUUCCCGGACCUGAUGGGCGAGAUCAUCAGCGAGGACACCGGAGGGCCCCAGGCCCCACCCCCAGCCGGGCCCCCCGCGCCCCUCGGGGCCAUCACCGACUUCUCGCCCGAGUGGUCCUACCCGGAGGGUGGGGUGAAGGUGCUGAUCACAGGUCCCUGGACGGAAGCCUCGGAACGCUACUCCUGCGUCUUCGACCAGAUCCCCGUGCCUGCCUCGCUCAUCCAGCCUGGGGUCCUGCGCUGCUACUGCCCCGCGCACGAGGCAGGGCUGGUGUCCCUGCAGGUAGCUGGGGAGGGUGGGCCGCUCUCCACUUCGGUCCUCUUCGAGUACCGAGCUCGCCGCUUCCUGGCACUGCCGAGCACCCAGCUGGACUGGCUGUCCCUAGAUGAUAACCAGUUCCGUAUGUCGAUCCUGGAGCGGCUGGAGCAGAUGGAGAAGAGGAUGGCGGAGAUGGCGGCCGCCGGGCAGCCCCCUCCUCGGGGGCCCGAGCCCCCCCACGGGCAGGGCAGUGGCGGUGGCUCGGGGGCCGGGUUCGAGGCCCGCAUCGUGGCCCUGGUGGAGCAGAUGAUCCCCCGGGCGGGCUGGCGGCAGCGGCGGGCGGAGCGCCUGGCCCACGGGGGGCCUUUCCGUGGCAUGAGCCUGCUGCACCUGGCUGCCGCCCAGGGCUACGCCCGCCUCAUCGAGACCCUCAGCCAGUGGCGGAGCGCCGAGGCCGAGAGCCUGGAUCUGGAGCAGGAAGUUGACCCGCUCAACGUGGACCACUUCUCCUGCACCCCUCUGAUGUGGGCCUGCGCCCUGGGCCACCUGGAAGCGGCCGUGCUCCUCUUCCGCUGGAACCGGCGGGCCCUGACCAUCCCCGACUCCCUGGGCCGCCUGCCCCUGGCCGUGGCACAGGCCCGGGGCCACGUGCGCCUGGCCCGCUGCCUGGAGGAGCUGCAGCGCCUCGACGCCCCCCCGGAGCCCGUCCCCUCCCCGCCCUCGGCCAGCCCCGACACCGGGUUGAGCAGCGUCUCCUCCCCCUCGGACCUGUCGGACGUCUCCGUUUCCGUCACUUCGGCCUACUCCAGCGCCCCAGAAGGCAGCCCCCCGGCCCUCCCCACCGAAGUGGCCAUGGAGGUGACCGAGCUGAGCCACCCAGCCCCUCCUCGGGAGCCCGAGGCCCCCGCCCUGCUCAUGGACUUUGAGGCCAGCAGCCCCGGGGGACCGCCCUCCCCACCACCACGGCCCCCACCCCUGGGAGCCCAGCUCCUGGACUUCGGAGCGGGGCCCGGCGGGGGCGGCUACCUUCGGGCCGUGGAUGUGAUCCAGGUGGACAUGAUCUCCCUGGCCAAGCAGAUCAUCGAGGCGACCCCGGAACGCAUCAAGCAGGAGGACUUUGUGGGGGACACCGAGGCCGGGGGGCUGCUGCGGGAGCGGCCGGGGGCCAUGGGGCUCAGCGAGACCAUGUCGUGGCUGGCCAGCUACCUGGACAACGUGGACCAGCUGCCCAGCCUGGCCCAGCACAGCGAGCUGCCCUUCGAGCGGGGGCGUCUGGCAGUGCCACCCGCCCCGUCCUGGGCCGAGUUCCUCGGGGCCUCGGCCAACGGCAAGAUGGAGAGCGACUUCGCGCUGCUGACCCUGUCGGAUCACGAGCAGAGAGAGCUGUACGAGGCCGCCCGGGUCAUCCAGACGGCCUUCCGGAAGUACAAGGGCCGGCGCCUCAAGGAGCAGCAGGAGAUGGCGGCCGCCGUGAUCCAGAGGUGCUACCGCAAAUACAAGCAGCUGACAUGGAUUGCCCUCAAGUUUGCUCUCUACAAGAAGAUGACCCAGGCCGCCAUCCUGAUCCAGAGCAAGUUCCGCAGCUACUACGAGCAGAAGCGCUUCCAGCAGAGCCGCCGGGCGGCCGUCCUCAUCCAGCAGCACUACCGCUCCUACCGCCGACGGCCCCCUGCCCUGCCUCCGCGCAACAAGGGCUCCUUCCUCACCAAGAAACAGGACCAGGCAGCUCGCAAGAUCAUGCACUUCUUCCGGCGCUGCCGGCACAGGAUGAAGGAGCUGAAGCAGAGCCGGGAGCUGGAGGGCCUCCCCCCGCCUGGCCUGACCACCUGACCCCCGGCCCCGGGGGCCACGGAGUCUUAACCGGGAGGGGUCCCUCUGCGGCGGUGGAGGUGGCGGACUGAUGAGACGGCAUGGACGGCCCGGGCCGCCGCCCCACCCCAACCCGCGCUCUCUGCCACCCAAGUGCUUGGCGUUGCCACCCCCCGCCCCAGCCUUUCCGCGGCCCUGAGGCCAAGUGGGCCCGGUGCCAUCCUCCUCCGGCCCAACCGUGCAUUCACCGUGGCACCGCCCGGGGCCUCCUCUUGUCCGCCCAGUGAGCAGGUGGAUGGCGCUGGCGGGGGCCGCAGCAGCCGGGGGGUGGGACAGGGCACGGCUUCGACCACCCCACCGCAAGUGGGCGGGUGGACGCUGCACUCGGAGCUGGGAGCUUUUCCCUGCCCCCUAUUCUGUUCCACACAGCUUGGAGCCGCACCCCUCGGGCUCUGCCCGGCCCACCCCGCGGGGAACCCUGCCCCUCUUGCUCUGCUCUGCCCACCGCGCUGGGCACCUCACUCUGGCCGCGUUACCCCCCCCCCCCCCCGACCCCGGCCAUCUGGACUGGGAAACUGCAUUUCCAGCUCAGAACCGCGCUCCCAGAUAGGUCCCCCCUCCCCCCAGCGACGGUCAGGGGCUCGCCUCCUCCGGAAGCAGGGGGUGCCCCCCCACCCCCGAUUCCUCCUCCUCCGCCCCCAAUUUCUGUCUCCAGAAGUCUUCAUCACCCCCUCCACCCUCACGUCGUCCCACCCCAAACCCGUCUUCCCUCCCUCAUCCCCCCGCCCCUCGGCCCGUCCCUCUGGGGGGCCGAGGGAGGGGUGUAAAUAGGAACGUGGUUGGGGGAGGCACCCUGGGUCUCCCCCACCCCGGGAGCUGUGUACAUACUGUAACAUACAGAUUAUAGUGGAGAAUCUAUUUAAGGGGCUGUGCUGGGGGAAACGCGGGCGGGAGGGGGGUCGGUGCAUGGACCCUAGGUUGGUCUCCCCAUUUCCUGCCCCCACAACCUUGGGGGAUGUGGGGGAGGGCCAAACCCCCCUUCCCGGGGCCCCAGGCCCAGCUGGUCACCGUUUCUACUUCUGCAUGGCCUUGGUUUAUACAAAUUGCCAUUAAAAUCAUUGCUGCACCA